CCCUGCUCCCAUCAUUCGUUCCCUGUUUUCUUAAUUCCCACUUCAACUCAAUACCAAAUACAGAAAGCCCCAUUCAACCUACUCUCUCUCUCUCUCUCUCUCUUUUCUCUCUCUAGAGAGGUUUAAGAGAGGGAGAAACAGAUGAGCUUGCAGCUGGAAACCAAUCGACCCACCCAGAAGAAAGCCUUGUUCUAUGCUAGGAUGAAGCUUCUGCACAGCAGAAACAAUAAUCUAUCUAAAAAUUUAUGUUACAAAUUCUUCAAAUAUGUCAUCUGGUUUUCAAUCUCGCUCUAUUUCCUCUCCUCCUUGAUCAUCACCCGCCACAACCCCACCAUAUCCAGAACCACCAUCUCCCGCUCUAAGCCCUCCCGAGCUCUCAUGGAGGAAGACCCCCGCCUCGAUUCCUCCGCCCAUGCAGGUUUGUUCAAUGGGAUGAAAAUCUAUGUUUACGAUUUGCCGGCCAAGUUCAACGGCGAGUGGCUGGCGAACGAGCGGUGCAGCCGGCACCUGUUCGCGGCGGAGGUGGCGAUUCACCGGGCUCUGAUGAACAGCGAGGUGAGGACGUUCGACCCAUGGCAGGCGGACUUUUUCUUCGUCCCCGUUUAUGUGUCAUGCAAUUUCAGCCAAGUCAACGGCUUCCCCGCCAUUGGCCACGCCCGCUCUCUCAUGGCCUCUGCAAUUCAACACGUUUCCUCGCAACUACCCUUUUGGAACCGCUCUCUCGGCGCCGACCACGUCUUCGUCGCCUCCCAUGAUUUCGGCUCUUGCUUCCACACCAUGGAGGAUAUGGCGAUCGCGGAAGGGGUGCCGGAAUUUCUAAGGAAUUCGAUAAUUUUACAAACGUUUGGGGUGGAACAUAAGCACCCGUGUCAGGAGGUGGAGAACGUGGUGGUUCCGCCGUACGUGUCGCCGGAGAGCGUACGUGCCACCCUGGAGGCGUCGCCGCUGACCGGCCGCCGCGACAUAUUCGCGUUUUUCAGGGGCAAAAUGGAGGUCCACCCCAAGAAUGUCAGCGGUCGUUACUACAGCAAGCGCGUGCGGACCACGAUACUCCGGAAAUACGGAAACGACCGGCGGUUCUACCUCCGGCGCCAUAGAUUCGCCGGCUAUCAAUCAGAGAUCGCGCGGUCCAAGUUCUGCUUGUGUCCACUUGGGUGGGCCCCGUGGAGCCCGAGGCUGGUUGAGUCCGUGGCGCUUGGCUGCGUCCCGGUGAUCAUAGCGGAUGGGAUACGGCUGCCCUUCCCCGGCGCCGUGCCGUGGGCGGAAAUCAGCCUGACGGUGGCGGAGGCUGACGUGGAUAAGCUCGGUGGCAUCCUCGCACACGUGGCGGCGACGAACCUGACAGCUAUACAGCGGAACCUGUGGGACCCGCGGGUGAGGAAAGCACUACUAUUCGAGGACGAGGUCUCGGAAGGAGACGCCACGUGGCAGGUUCUGGUUGGCCUAUCGGGGAAGCUGGACAGGUCCCACAGGAAGUGGAGGGUUAGCAGCGAGUGAGGAGCGGCCGCGUGGCGGUUCUCCAGCUAAGAAGUUGUCGCUUUUGUCGUAGCUGCGUACGUAGUGGGAGACAGCUGGAAUUUGAGCCCUGGAGCGGGGCCCCACCCUGCUUUGCGGUGUUGUACAUCUGAGGUGGAAUAGCGCUUUUAUUCGGAAAGGUGGUACAUCGCGUUGAGAGUGGGUGUGGGUUAAUGGAUGAUGUGUAGAAGGACCACAUGGUCCGGUUUGGUGUACAGGAGGGUUAUUCGUUUGUUCUUUUUGGAAUGAUAAUAAUAAUGGUGGCGAAUUCAUUUGUUGCC